UCCUCGAUACCCAAAAAGAAAAUAAAACCAGCUGAUCUUCAUCUGUUUCUUUUUUUACCGCCGGACUGAGAAUUAAAGAGAUCGGAAAUGUCAUUGGAGCCCCCGCCUUUCCAGGAAGCACCACGAUGCGAAGUCUGCAAAUGCAGCUUUAACACUUUCAGGCGCCGGCACCAUUGCCGAAGUUGUGGAAGGACAUUAUGCCAUGAACAUUCAUCUAAUCAAAUGGCUUUACCACAAUUUGGCUUUCUUUCUUCCGUUCGAGUUUGUGCAGAUUGUUUCAAUAAAUCUUCAGGAUCUGCAAAAGCUGAUCCUCAGCCUCCUUUGGGUGGAGUUGAUUCUAUUACAGAUGAAGUCUCUAGAUUAGACAUUAAUGCAGUUGGGGGUUCAGAAACUGAUACAACUGCAAAGCAACAGUCUGUUGCAAGCACUCCAGAUUGCAAGUGUGGAAUGCCGUUGUGUAUUUGUGAAGCUCCCACACCAAAAACAGAUGCAGUUCAUCUUAAGAUAAACUCUCCAUCUUCAAUGGCUUCGUCAAAUCCUAAAUCAAAAAAGAGUGACGCUGUUCCCAAGAGUAGAGGCUCCACUUCAAACAGUAAAUCUAGUUCGGUUUUCAAUCCUGGUCUGGUGACCAAUGGUACUGCAACAGAUAAAUCUCAGAUGGAUUAUGAUGUAAAUGGAGAGGGUUUAAGAGAGGCCAUAAAGAAUGGUGAUACUGCUGCAGCCAAAAAGCUUCUAAUUGAGGGUGUAGAUGCAAAUUAUCGUGACAAGCAAGGAUUAUCUUUACUGCAUGUGGCGGCAUUGUUCAAUCAAACUGAUAUAGUGUUUGCCCUCAUGGACUAUGGAGCGAGCAUGGACUACAAGAACACACAAGGAGAAACACCAUUGGAUUGUGCACCAGUCACUUUGCAAUACAAGAUGCAAAUGAAGAUGAAAGAGCGCGAGCAUCAUGAGAUCAACUAAGCGAGAAUUCGAAGGCAAAUAUGUACUUUGCUUAGACAACCGGCAUACACGAGCUUGAGGUGUCAACUUCAACGAUAAAUCAUUGCUGUAUUAUAGCUGGUAGUGUUUUUAUUAUAGCUGGUAGACAAACUGUCAAACAAGCUAAACUCGUCAGUUAUGUUACUGUUUAGGUAACAUGUAACAUGCGAGAGAGAAUAUGACGGGCCACUUUUCUCGACCGAUGAACUACGCCUAUUUAGUAAGGUCAAAGUGUGUUUUCAGUC